AUGGAUGACCUUCCAAAAACUUUAGUUUGCAUUUUAUCCGAGAGGCAAGAUUGUGGAGCGAAAGCAGAGCUCACAAAGUCAGUUUCUUUAGAGUUGGGUAAACCGUUGCUGAUGCUUUUAUCAUCUCUGAGAUCGCAGAAAUGUUCUUCCCCGAGUGAUGCAGAAGAUGCAGAUCACAGUAUGGCGAGCGGCCAUCUCAGGACGGGAGAAUCAGCUGCUACAACAUGGAGCAGCUUCCAGCAGACAUUUUUAAGCAUUUUUAAAAGCUUGCCGCUAUCUGCCACUUUGAUGAAUGCAUUAAGUGGUGUGGUGGAUGCUGCUGUUACUUACACCUCUAAUAUCAUGGCCAUGUUAAUCCAAGUACCGAUGGACUGUGUGAAAAUAGCAUUGCAGUUAGGAGUAAGAAUUCCGUCUGUAAAUGAAAGAGAAAGCUGCGAACAAGGAGAUCUCAAACAACUCAUAAUGUGGGGAAUGACCCACAACGUGAGCUGGUCCUUCACCAACUCAUUUAUUGACAUCCUUCUGGAGAACCUCCUGACCCCAGAACAGACCGUGUGCACAUAUCCUGGUCCAGAAUGUCAGAAUUCUUUCUCCUUCGAACGCGGUCUCCCAGAAGCAGCCGUUGAUAAUAGUCAUGACAUACUGCUUCGAUGUGCUCGGCAAAAGUUUUCUGAGCUCAACGAUACACUUUGUGGUGAAAUUCUCUACGGAUCUAGAGAACAAACGUCCACAUUGGUGCUCUCCUUGUGCCAGGCGCUCAGCUCGCUCAGCGCCCGGCAGAUCGAACUACUAUGGAGCAAUACGUGCUAUGUCAUUCAAUCACUGGUGUCCCCGUUCCUCGGCAGGUCAUCGGAGUGCAGCCCACUCGUUUCGCUCACACCUCCCCAACAAGCUAGAAAUGCCCCCAACCUCCAGCAGCUCGUGUGUAACUAUACCAGUUGGUUAGAAAACCAGGUGGUGGAUGGCGUCCUUGUAUCUCUGUGCAGCGACAACAAACAGGAGGAGUUUGUAAAGCAUGUCUGCAAUGAUGCCUUACUCUUGAGGAAGUUGCUCUCCAACCAGAUGAACAGUUGGUUGUAUGGCUACUGUGCAAAUUCCACAGCAGACCACGGCUACCUGGUGGAUCAGUUUUGUGUCUACCAGCAGUGGAUUGAUCAACCUACGGUUUCGGUACAGCCAAAUUUGCUGGAGUUCUGUAUUAGCCUAGACAGUCCGAGACUUACAAAACUCAUUUGUGAGCAUACAGGCUUCUUCAUGUUGUUAUUCUCCAAUCCGGAAAAUGCAAGGUUCAUGCCAAUCUGCACAACUGUGUCACUUCCACCACCAUUUCCUGGCCCAGAUCUGCUAUCAUGUCAAUACUCUGAGUGGGAAGAUGUCAUGCAAAUUACAACAGAUGUUUUGGCACAGUGUAUACGCAAUGAGCCCACGGAUUUUGCAGAGAAGGUUUGCGCCAAUAGAACCUUUCUAAAUCGCCUUUUACGUAAUCAGGACAAUGCCUGGCUUGAGGAUCAUUGCAGCACCGCUUUGAUCGUUCCACCCACGAUGGCUCCUCAACCUGUUCGUAUUUCGGACUGGUGCGACUACCAAUUGUGGAAGGAUCGACAGGUGGACGAUUCAGUGGUCGGACUGUGUUGGCAGAAUGACCAGCUUGCUUUUCAGAAGAAAGUCUGCUGUGAAGGGACUUUGUUAGAAAAGCUCUUACAGGACCCCAACAAUAAAUGGCUGAAUACUGUGUGCGCAGACAAGGAAACAGAGGAUAUAGAGUGUGUACCACAGGUGUGCAAGUAUUCCGAAUGGACUCGCCCGAUCAUUGUUGACAUGACUGAGUUGGCUCUCUGCGCUGAAAGGGACCUAAAAAACUUCACCUCCAAAGUCUGCUCCGAUGAGACAGUCCUUCAGAACCUGAUGACUAACCAAGACAACACUUGGUUGAUUAAUUAUUGUGCCAACCAUUCAAAUCAAGGUGAAGAUGGGGAGGGAGACGGUGAUGGGACAGGAUUCGACCCCGCGAAGCAGUGCCAGUAUACCACCUGGAGUGUAGCCCUCCCAGAUGCCAUGCUUUUGACCCUCUGCUGGGAGCAUGAUCAGUUCCACUUUGUCUCUUCUAUCUGCUCUAAUUAUGCCCUUCUUUUCCUGCUGGAACAUGAGCCCUCGAGCAUGUGGGUGAGCGCCAUGUGCUCCACAUACAGCAACCAAACGACCAUAAGUAACAAAACCUCCGAGGAACUUUGUCUGGCCAAAGAAUUAUUGAAGCAUUUCAAUUGGACCUGUCCUGUUAAUGUCACCGCAGUCUGCCACCCAGGGGCAAGCCAGGACACGGUCAUGCGAUUGAUUAUACGCUGCUUGGCCGAAAGUCUGAGAUCCAGGAUGGGGCAUCUACUGGCUCCAUCAGUAACUGCGGUCCUGGAACAAGCUGUUAGCACUUCUGUUGUGGUCCUGCUGGCAAUAGAAGAGAUUCAGAACACUUCCCUCCAUGUCAUCGAGAACAUCCGAAUUAGCGUCUUGGACUCUGUAGUUCGUUAUCUUGAAGGGGAGAACAACUUUGAAAAAAAGAGGGUCUUGAUGCAGUGUUUUGGGACAAUACUGACUAACUUGAUGCAGACAGCCCGGGAUGGAACCAGUCAUGAAUAUCUCAUUAUUAAGGAAUACUUCAACAUACCAUUGGCCAGCUUAAAGUCAGUGCUUAGUGAUUUGCACUUCACAACCGUCAGGCUGAUCCUCCAAUAUUAUACAAGAAAUAAGCAUGCACUGAAGCUGACAGAUAACUACCUAUCCACCCUGGCAUCUGUGCUGUUCAAAAACCAUCUGGCAAAGGAUGCAAAUCUGUUUUCAGAGCUGGCUCCCCUUUUGAAGGCAGCCAGUCCUACUGACAUCUACAGUUUGCCCUCUCUGCAAAACAACCCUAAUGUGAGGGAAACAAUAAACAACAACUUGGGCCAUAUGUCUGCGGAUCAGCAGCGAGCUUUUGGAUUGUGGUACAGUAAAAUUUUGCCGCCCUCCAACAUCACCACAGCUCAUCAGUCGCUCAUCAGGGACACUGGAAAUGUGAUAACUUACCUGCCCUUCCACAACUUCCAACACCUCUCACCUGCUCAGUUAUUAGAUGGACUGGAUGUAUUGCAAAGAAACAGCCUGACUUCCUUGAAGCAGGAAUUUGUGUCACAGAGCAUCAUUGGUACCUACAAAAACUUGACUGCUCACGACUUCAUCAGGCUUGGCAGUCUCUCAUGCCUGGCAGAGCCAAGUGACCUCCUGGCAUACCAAGGCAGUCAGGCUUUUGGAGUAAUCUGGGAUGUCAUCGUGAACUGCACACAUGACGGACGCACCCUACCGAGUCACUUCACCUCCAGUCUGUUACUGAACAGCACUGAGUUAAAGAACCCAUCCUCACUCAGUUCAAAGAGACUGGCAGACAUUGCAUACCUUCUGCCCUCCCUGGGAGCGACUUUCCUGCAGGGCCUCUCCCCGUCGCAGCUACUUGAAGCACUUCCUGCCCUCAAAGCAGUGUCUUUCACUCCUGCACAGGCUUCCUUAAUUGUUGACAAGCUGUCAACUAUCGACACACUGAGCGCUCCAGGCCGCCUCCAGGAUCUCGGCUCUAUCGCCGUGGGGGUAAAGACGGAGACGUUAUUGAUGCUGACAUCUGACACGCUGCUGUCAUCACUACCAGAUAUGGCGCAACACUCGGGAGGUCUCACUCCACCACAAGCAAAUGCCAUUGCCACCAAACUAUGGGGCUUUCCAGAGGUGAUCGACUGGUUGGACGAUGUCGAGCCACUGCUUUGUUGCACUCCACUUCUUAGUGUACUGCCCAGAGCUCGCCCACUAAUGAACAACAUCUCCAGUGCAUCCACUAAACCAUGGAACACACAGCAGGCUACAGCGAUAGUGAAAUCAGAGCUGGAUUCAAAAUCAAAUCUUCACAGUGAUUUUUUGAGUCUUGGGAUGCUCGGACAGGGCGUGAGCUGCCAAGUCUUGAAGGGGUACAUCAGGGCAGAUACAUCACCUGCAACGGUGAGGGAAAUCUUGGCCCUCCUCAGACAGCAGCCCAGUCCUCUGCAUAUCUCACUGAAAAGGUGUGUGAUUGAGGAGCUCUAUCAAUUUGAGUUCUUUUCUGAGCUGUUUGAAGAUUUAGGAGUGGAGAUUGCCCUGGCCAUGCCGGUUAGCACCAUUAAAAAGUUUUCUUCAAAUAAGAUGGACACUUUGCGGAAAAUGAUUAUUGAAGACCCUGUUCCAUUUUUCACAAUGUCAAAAACAGCACAGUUGCUUCUUGUGGAUAGGAUGCUGCAGAAGCUGGGCAUGUACACAGGAAUGUACACCGAGGAGGAGUUUCGCUCUCUAGACAUUAUGGCCACGUUUGUUUCAGAUGAGAUUUUUGUCCAGCUGGAUCGCACAUUCUUUGUGGACAAUCUAAAUUUUCUCCAGACCUUGUGCUACAGAAGCAGCAAGAUGGACAUCAUGGCACGCAUGCUGCUGGAAGAUGCUGUCUUUGGCCCUGCGAUAGAGACCUGGAAUCAGACUACCCUCAGUCACAUAGACCGGUUUCUAUUUUUCCUUCCUCAAGACCGACUGCAGAAGAUUUCUUUGGGUUUGAUGACUGUUGGCCGUAUUGAGAAGCUGUUCAUGAGCCAGCGUCAGUGGGAACGUGGGGUCGUGGGUCGUCACUGUUUAGAUGAGAGUGACAAGUGGCGGUUUGCUGAAAAGCAGCAAUUUGUUCUUCAGUUCUUUCUAGGUUUCCUAAAGAUAAAUCCACUGUCACCGGCUCCUAUGGUUCCCACCUGUGAGAUAUUGCGGACAACAGCUCCUUUUGCUUGGACCACUAACAGCCUGAUAAGCAUGUCGCCAUCAGCCUUCACAAACUGUCUGGAGCUGAUUGGCCAUGAUGCCCUCCUUGCAUCUUAUCAACGCAGCCAACUCUUAGAAAAAGUCAAACAAAUGUUUGGCCCAGUUUCUAACUUCUCCCAGUCCGUCAUCAGUCAGAUGGGCCGACUGACCCUGGAAAUGUCACCAGAGGAGAUCUGUAUGCUCCGACUGACUGAAAAGAGCAGCAUCGCUGCUUUGGGCGCCAUCAGUGAGUGGAGCAAGAAACAGCUGAUUGCAUUGUUCACAACAACAUUGAACUCCACCAAGUUGAACCCCAGCCAACUUGACUCCAGCACACUGGUGGCAAUUGGUUACAUGGUGUGUGGAGCUAAACUAACAGAAAUUAGCUCUUUCAAUGCUGUUGAGUUUAGCAAGGCGGUGCUCUGGCUGGGUCAGCUCAAACUGUCCUGCUCAGAAGAACAGCUGUCAGCACUGGUGGGCCUGCUGACCCACAGUCUGGCUUUUGGACCCAUCAGUUCAUGGGAUAUGGAGGUCUUCAUUGAGAUAGGAGUUUUGGCGGCUGGUCUCCAAGAUAUAGCCAUGUCGGCCUUGGUGAAAGAACAAAUAGAAGGAAUAACACCGAUGGCUAUCUCAAUGAUACCACCUGAUAAGUUUGCUGUUGUGUUCCAUCAGCGGCAGAUCAGUAUGUUCUCUCAUGAGCAAGCUGCGGCAGUAACAGAGGAGCAAAUCACGGCUCUGUCAGAUGUUCAGAGGACUGCUCUCUUUAUGGUGCUAACGCCUUGGGAGGACAAGCAUGUGGACUUUAGAGGGAGGUCACAGGGACUGACGCGGAGUCCCAGCUCUCUGUACCUGAUCUUGGCCCUGCUGAUGGCACUGAUGGUCCAGUCUGAGUUGACAUUCUCUGCUUCGUGACAUUGCUAUUCCCUGCUGGAUCAGGAGGCACCCACACAACCAAAGUCAAGUCAAAUGUAUUUAUAUAACUUUUAACCACAGAAACGUCUCAAAGGGCUUCACAUACCCACAAAUGACAAAAAAUUAACGACAUGGCCUGAUCAUAACUCCCAGCAGGCAAGGAAAAAAUAAAAAUAAAUAAACUGUAACAAGCCUUUUAUUUUGAUAUUCUAAAAUAUAUCUAUAAAUUAUUUCUUUAGCUCCCUUUAACCACAGUAGACUGAAUGUUGUCUUCCAAUAUCUUCCAUGGCAGUAAGAUUUUCUAAUACUGAUCCAUCAGGUCUUUGGAAUGCAAAUUAUUCAAAACCGUACUGCCUGCACCUUUAAAUUUCUAAAAGUACAAAUGCUAAACGCACAAGUAUGUUUAGUCCAUCAACAUGAAUAGGUUUGUUACAGGUAUUCAAGAACAAAUCAUUCGUACUGUAGUAAUUUACCAAAUGAUAGCGUAUAUAAUGUGUUUUAUAUCUGACAUUGAAUUGCAUUGUUUAAAGGGACCAAUUUUGUUCAUUUCUACCAGAGUGUCUUAUUACAUAUCAGUAAGGUUUAAGUAGCGUUAAUAAUACCUUUUAAAUCAUUCCAGGUGUAUGCCAUGCAGUUUGUAAAUUUAUUUAUUGGUAAAUUAUUAUCAAUCUACAAAACAGAAUUAUGAUUUUCUUUCAAAUAAUAAGACUGUCAUGUUUUAUACUGUCUACUCAGGGAAACAACACUCUUAAAAGCAACUAAUAAAGGCAUUCAAGAACUUGUAGAUUUUAUGAAGAAUUACAGACAAAAAAAAGCAACGAAUAAAGACAAUCAAAAACUUGUAGAAUUUAUGUAGAAUUACAGACAAAAUAUUUAUUUUAUUUCGGGGAACUAUAUGCAAUACCAUGUUUAUGUUAUGUGAAAGAUUAAAAAGAUAUCUAUACACUCCUACAAUGUGCUGAACUGAAUUAAAUACAAAAAUUCACAAUUGAAAUCAAUACAUUGUUUUAUUUCUGGUGGCAGGUUAGUGUCCAAUUUCAGUACAAUCUUGUUGUCCCUGUUUGCAAUUGAAGGGAAGUCUGACUGGGGCAAACGCCAUUUGUUUCAUAACAGACUUCAUAACAUGUUCAGUAACCUAAAUCAAUAUCAAUACCUUCAUCCCAUACCAGAAAACCUCAGGCUCACCUUUAACCUCACACGUGAAAAAAAAAAAACAUCCAA